CCGGCAGAGCUCUGUCACUGAGGGACAGCCACCUGAAGACAGCCAAGAUGAAAGUCACCAACAUGACAUUCAAGGAGGGGAAUGAGUUCAAGAUCCGCGUCAAGCCCAACAACGACUGCAGUUCCUUCGCCAUCAACAUCGGCCACGACUCUGAGAACGUUGCGAUGCACUUCAACCCCCGAUUCGAUUACAACGGGGAAGAAAACACCAUCAUCUUCAACACCAUGUCCGGGGGGUGCUGGGGGGACGAGAUGCGAGAGGGAAACUUCCCCUUUGUGCGUGGGGAGGAAUGCAAGUUUCACAUCAACUUCAGCAUGGAGCAGUUCUACAUCAAGCUUCCUGACGGCUCCAUGCUGAACUUCCCCAACCGCCUGGGAGACGUAAAGUACCAACACUUCGAUGUCAGCGGCGACGCCAGGAUCGUCGGCAUCAAGAUCAAGUAGAAGUCUUGAUCUGUCCACCUUUUUUGUGUGUUGCUUUUGAAGAGUUUCAAGAGUUUGAAGAGCUUCAGCUUUAACAGUCUGUUUUACACUAGAUAUGUGGUAUGUAAUAAGAGGAAAUGGCCAUCGGAGGGAGCCACAGCACAGCGUAGCUCAGUGUGUCUGCUCCGACAUCCCAUCAGUCACUGGGUUCGUUAAUAAAUGCUGUGGGGGAAAAAAAA